UGGCAGAUGACCUGGGGUUUGGAGAUUUGGGAAGCUAUGGGCACCCCACCUCAGCCACGCCCAACCUGGACAAGAUGGCUGCCAGCGGCCUGAGAUUCACCGACUUCUAUGCCAGCUGCCCUAUCUGCAGCCCCUCACGGCUGGCUGGUUGCCCUUUAGCCAGGCUCUUCCCUUUGAUCAGCGCUUCGGUCGCUUGGUGGUGGUGAUGUCUGUAGAUGGAGGUGGAAGAGAGAGGAAGAGCAUGGCAAACGUCUCUCCCUUUUAUCAUGUCCUUUCUUCCCUCUUGGCUUUGCCCCCCACUCCCUUCAGAGUCAGCAUUGUGUGAAGGCUGGAACCUUCUGAGCCAUGGCGAGAUGACCUAGAGAGGGGCCAAAACUGAUCGAUUUGUCAGCAGGUUCAAUACCAUCCCUGUGACAUCAGUGCUGGGCUAAGGCAGGGAGAGACGUGAUCCCUGGGACUCUAACAUGGCCACGGGAAAUGUGGUACGAUUCCAGAACGGGUGGGUGACUCAGUGGUCUGCACCGACUCUUUGGCGCUACAGAUGGCCUGGCUGUCGCACGAGGACAGGGCGGCCCUGCUGACGGGUCGGUACCAGACACGCUCCGGGGUUUACCCCGGCGUGUUCUACCCCGGCUCCCGGGGAGGCCUCCCACUGUCCGAGGUCACCAUCGCGGAAGUGCUGAAGGCUCGGGGCUAUGCCACAGCCAUGGUCGGCAAAUGGCACCUGGGACUGGGGGCCAAUGGCUCCUUCCUGCCCAUCCACCAGGGCUUUGACCACUUCCUGGGGGUGCCCUACUCCCACGACCAGGGCCCCUGCCAGAAUCUCACCUGCUUCCCCCCAGACACCAAGUGCUUUGGGACGUGCGACCAGGGCGUGGUGCCCGUCCCGCUGUUCCUAAACCAGAGCAUCCUGCAGCAGCCGCUCGCCUUCCCCCAGCUGGUGUCACGCUACAACAAGUUCUCUCGCGACUUCAUUGCCGACUGUGCCCGCCGGGGCCACCCCUUCUUGCUCUACUACGCGUCCCAUAUACUUAAGAACUGCCUAGGGGAAACUGAGGCACCCCCACACUAUUCAGAGGAAACAUUAAGAACAGUCCCGCUUCGUCACAGGAGGCACACCCACUACCCCCAGUUUGGGAGCCAGGAGUACGUGGGCCAGUCGCUGCGGGGUCCCUUUGGGGAUGCCCUCAUGGAGUUGGACGGCUCAGUGGGGCUCCUGCUCCAGGCACUGCAGGAGAACGGCCUGGAGGGGAACACGCUGGUCUUCUUCACCGCGGACAAUGGCCCCGAGACCAUGCGAAUGGCCCGUGGGGGCAGCUCGGGCCUCCUGAAGUGCGGAAAGGGAACGACGUACGAGGGCGGGAUGCGGGAGCCCGCGGUGGCUUAUUGGCCAGGCCGGAUCUCCCCGGGCGUGACCCAUGAGAUGGCCAGCACCCUGGACAUCCUGCCAACCCUGGCUGCCCUGGCCGGGGUGCCUCUUCCCAGUGUCCCGCUGGACGGCUACGACCUGAGCCCGGUGCUCUUUGGAGGGGGGAAGAGUCCGCGGCAGAUGAUGAUCUAUUACCCGUCCAGCCCCAGCAACCAGCUUGGCGUCUUUGCCAUCAGAUACGGGAAGCACAAGGCCCAUUUCUUCACACAAGGUUCCUUACAGAGCGGGACGACCCCUGACCCGGACUGCCAUGGGCUAGCGCCCCUGACGCCCCAUGAGCCCCCACUACUCUUUGACCUGGAGGCUGACCCUGCAGAGAACUAUAACCUGUUGGAGGGCGGUGCCGUGGGGCCGGAGGUGCUGCGGGUGCUGAAGGAGAUCAAGCAGCACAAGGUGCUCUUUGACCAGCACAUGGAGUUCGGGGAAAGCGAGAUAAGGAAGGGCACUGACCCUGCCCUCCAGCCCUGCUGCGCCCCCCACUGCACCCCCAAGCCUUCCUGUUGCCACUGCCCCUAACCUCCCUGCUGCAUUGCACCCUCUAACUUUCCCCUUGCCCCUGCUUGGAACCCCCCUGCUCUUCGAAAACUUCCUGCUGCUGUGCCAGUCCCUCUGCUACCACUCUCGAAAGUCCCCGCGCUGGCCUCCCUGCUGCUCUCCCCAAACCUGCCUGCAGGCUGGGCGCGCUGCAUUAGGCUGCUUCCCUGGCCGGUGGAGCUGCCCCCGGACUCCCGCCCCCCAGGCCUGACGCUGAGGUCCCUACAUGCUGGCUGCAUGGGGGCAUGGGGUGAGCAGCUAGGAGGGGAAGGGGCACUCCUGUGCGGGAGGUAUUUUAUCUCUGUACUGCAAGUCUUUGGCCAUUUGACACAAACCUCAGCUCUCGCCAGGGACGCACUGAGCCCUCCGGAGUCCACUGGGCCCUGGAACAAAGCAAAGGGCGUACCCUCAGAACCCCAGUGCAGACAGCAGGGGCCCCGGCGGUACCAGCCUGCUGGAGCGGGAAGGCCAGGGCGCGGAGCGCGCCUAGCUCUGGGAAGGCUGGUUGUAGUCCUUGUGCCCUGGCACAGCAGUGAGGGCCAAGGCCAUAUCAAUACUGGCACAGAGGCGGAGUGUGGGGUGCGAGGCCAGGAUCAGGGCCAGCAGCAGACAGGGUGCUUGGCCCUGAGCACGUGGAUAGUGGACUGACGGGUGACUGCAGUCAGGAGAGGAGCUGUGCAGAGCUCCGGGCAGGCCCCUUCACCUGCAUGGAUGCAGCCAGCCAUGGCUCUGGGAGAAGACUUGUUCUUGUUUAAAGGGUGACAUAAGGAGAAAUGAGGCCAUGGAGUGCCCUCCAGGCUAACCAGUGUUUGCAGUCUGUGGGUAGGUGUGACCAGGGCUGUGUGCACCGGCAGGCCAAGGAGCCAGGGUUCCCAACCCAGAGCUCAUGCCGAAAAGCCCUAGUCCUGAGCCCUCUUGGCAGUGCUCCCACCUGGGGAGUGAGAGCUGCGAGAUGAGCAGUGGCCUAGGGCGGCUGCUUGGGAUACCCAGGGGGAGGAGGUAGCUGCUGGCAUCCUGCAGAGAAUGGCCAAGUACGAGCCUAUGAUGCUGGCGUGCCCAGACUCGCAUGUUACCCCUGUGGCUUUACCAGCUUCUCAGUGCUUUGCCGAAGGGAGGGUGGGUCGUGUGUGGUCACUGCUGAGCUAAGCCAGCUGAUUGCCAUGGGUCUUGCGGGACGUUUGUACAGGAAAUAUUCUGAGAUGUAAAAUGUCAAAUAUUGUGUUCCACAACAACUGGGGCAGAAGCACAUCACCUGUGGUGGGAUGGGUCUUGGCAAACUCAAGAGUGAGGCCAGUCAGUGCUUUCCGACCCAGCUCAGACCUGUGUUUACAGUCUGGACAGGAUCCAGGCCACAGCACUGACAAAGACAAAAGAACCCCAAGAAGAGAGACUGCCAUGGGGACCCUCAGGGCUGAGCUGCAGGUAAUGAGGAGAGACCAAGUCUGGGGGUGUAUAAGAGAAGAAGAAAGGGCACAAGAUGUUAUCCAUUACAGAGGGGACUCUGUCACGGGAAUGUCUCCUGAAAAGUAGGUCCCUGUGCUCUGGACUGGAGAAGCGCUGGACACCCUGGCCACUGGAUGACAAAUGCCUUCUUAGACAGGAAAGGGACUUGUUAACAAGUCCAGGCUCUAGAUUACGUUUUAUGUUUUUCUUUUACCUGUAACCUCAUGUUUCCUUGCUUUUAUUUGAAUCUGUAACUCGAGCUCUGUUAAAUAAACUGAAACCGGUUUUACUGUA